UAGGCUACUAAUUAGAAUAAUAAUAAUGGCAAAACAUUAUGUCUUCAAGAUGAUGGUUAUGAAUGAAGAUAAGGAUGGAACAAAAAAAGCAGCAGAAGAAGAUGUAAGCCCCAAUCAACUCUUAUAUGGUCCACGAAUAAUAAAUCCUGAAACAACCAAAAAGCGACCAAAGCCACAAAAUUCAAUUUCUCGUUCAAAAUCUCCUGAUGACAUUUCUCUUCAUUCAAUUUCUUCCUCUUCCACCGAUUUAUCUUCACCCCCUAGAGCAUUUCCGAAAAGAUCAAAAAUUGUUCCAGAGAAGAAAGCAACAUAUCAAAUAAAUAUUAAAAAGUCUAGAUGGGAACCAAUUUCGUCUGGAGAGGAAAGGAGAAGAUUUGAAUCUUUACGAGAAUCUAAAAAAGCCAAAAAAUUGAAGAAGAAAAAGAAGACUAAAGGGAAAAGAAGGAAGGAAAUGGUGAAUGAAGCUCAUAGAGAUGGAGAUCAUUUUCGCCCUCUAAAAAAAUUUAUUAACAAUAGAAGAAAGCUUGCAACAGAAUUAAUGGACAGUGUUGACUUGGAAACACUCUAUGAAAUAUUUCCUGAACUUGAGGAAAAAACAGAAGUUGAAGCACAUAAAAUUGUUUAUGAUAUACUUUGUGGAAUGUCUAAAGCAAGGAUAUUGGCUGAUUUAAAUGGUUUUUUUUCUUUUAAAUUUUAUUUCCCAAAAAGUUUUCUUAUGGGAUGA